AUGUCCACCUCGCCCAAGAUUAUGGUCAGCCCUCCCGGUCUCAGCCCUGGAGGAAUCAACAGCGCCGCUGUUUCGGUUGCCCAGCCGUGGCUCCGGAUGCUCAGCUCCGUGUGGGGAAUGUGCGCCCCGAAGCGAAUCCGCCUCGAAGAUGACCUGGCAAAGGAGCCCAAGCGGCUGGCUGCCCUCUGCAAGCCCAUUUGCAAACAGAUGCUCGAGGACCUCAAGUACCCCGGCGUCCCACGGGUCAAGCGCGAGUCCGUCGAAGCGCUGCUGAAAUAUAUGCACAAGAGAGCCGUCGAGAUCGGAUGGCCACUCGAUACCCCUCUCUCCCAGAAGGGGUUCCGCCUGGGCUUCUCACUAGCUGCGAUGUGCCAUCCCCGUCACCCGAUAGAAGUGCAGGGUUAUGUUGGGCUCUUCACCUGGCUCGUCGUUCAGUACGACGACAUCGUGGGCCAGAAUGAAGGCGGAAUGGACGAGGCCCAGCACUUCCAGCGGCGCUUCCUCAACGGCGAGACCCAGCCCAACGCCAUGCUCGAAGGGCUGGCGGGCCUGCUGCGUCAGGCUCCCGACAUUUUUGACCCCGUCAUGGCCAGCCUGUUGCAAAUCUCGGCUCUCAAAUUCAUGACUUGCAACCUGCUCGAGCGUCACGAUGGCUUCCAGAACAUGAAGACCACGCGGGGCUGUCAGGUUGAUAUUAUCCGUGCCUCGGACUGGAUCACUGUUUCCUGGAACUACUUCCACGACCACUGGAAGUCAUCCCUC